AUGUGGUCUUACAGUGUGUUGUUGGGUAAUGACGAAGUAUUCGACGAUUGUCCGGACCAACCAAAUGGAGUACUAAAUAUUCAGGGAUUAUUUGAUUUUUCUGAACUUAAAUUUGACUUGGAAGUCGAAAAUGUUUUUAUCGAGGGAAAAGCAACUACAGUGUGGGAUGUCCAGCCUACGGAUAUUAUCCAGGCACAGUUUGAGCUACUUCACUUUGAACGCGGGUCUUGGAAUCCAACUAUUUAUACAUUGAAUAUACCAGAUUUUUGUUCUAUCAUGUGGGAUAAAAAUCAACACUGGUACAAAACCUGGCUUCAUAAUGUUGAAAAUGCAAAUGCAAUAAAAUUGAAAUGCUUAAGAGAACGAGGAACCAAAUUCGUUCACAAGCGAUUUCAAAUGGAUUUCAUAUUCGAAUCGCACCUCAGCGACAUGGAUGGCAUUUACAAAGUGAGAGCUACUUUUAAAGCACUUAAUCCCUUGUUGAGAACAAUGCGCCCAACGUCAAUUUGUGUGGAAAUCAAAGUGGAAUUCCUUAGAUUGUAAAACUGCUUUGUCAUAACUCUGCAAAUUUUCAUAAAAUC